UUGCGAUCAUACUGACAACAGGUGCAGGCCUUGCAAGGUCUCUACCGCGACGAUCAUCAAAAGAUCACCAAUACAUGCCAGUGAGAUGACCCAAGUUGGAUUUGAAGACGCUAAUCGCCACAGCAGAGAGGAACCUCUUACUGGCCAUGAAUUAAGGGAUAUCAAGGAUGCAGCUGAUCUCUAUCAGUCUGGCUCAUUCAAGCUUCAGAUUGAUGCACUCCUUCCCAAUGUCCGACCCAAAGAGUCUGGUCGAGAACAGCUCGAUCGUUUUCUUUUUGCUCUGCACACCCACUGCAUCUCUAUUCCUUCUAUUGAACCUCUGAAUCCUUUGGCAGCUGCAAAAGCUCUUUCCAAACAAGGCGUUGCAGUUCCAUUUGCGUUUCCUCUCCCGUCUCGAGAUGUCAAAUGGAAAGUCGCAUUCGAGCCUCCAAGGGAAAUCUGUAUUGUUGGAAGUUGGGGAAACGGAAUCACUGUAAAAAAGCAGAAUGGCAGUCGGUUUGGUGUUGACCUGUCUGUGGAGAUGCCCGAGAUUCUUUUUCAAGAAAAAGAUUACCUUGAUGGGCGUUUCUUCCACAAGAAGUCCUAUUACCUCGCUGUUUUAGCUCAAUCCAUUUCAACCGCUUUCGACGUGGACACCUUUUACUCAUCUGUGCAUGGAGACCCUCGCCUCACUUCGUUGGUUCUUAGGCCACGGAAUGGGAGUACAUCUCAUGAUUUUUUCAAAAGUCAUGCUGAAGUUCAUGUUAUCCCUGUCCUUUCAUCACUGAGUCCAUUAUCGCCGUCAAGGCUCUUUCCCUCACAUUCGAAUGUCCGCAUGCCUUCCUCUUCGUCCCCACCAUCUUUCCCUACUCCAAUCUACAACAACGCCAUCCUUCUUUCCACAUAUGCAAACGAAGCCCUCAAGUCCACUCACGGACUCAAAAAUGUACUGCCAGCCUUUCAUGAUGCCUACACCCUUUUAAGAGUGUGGGCUAACCAGCGAGGUUAUGGCGACGGUGAAUUAUGUGUGAGAGGCUUCGAGGGAAAAGGCUCGUUUUGGGCCGGACUACUGCGUUAUUUGAUAUCGGGCGAGGAGCUUGUUGGUACAGAGAGCGGGAGCGCAAAACUGAGGAAGCCGUUGGGAAAGGGAUUGAGUUCUUAUCAGUUGUUCAAAGCUGCGCUCGAUUUUCUUGCAAAGCAGAAGUUUGGCGAGACUCCGGUGUUCACAAAGACGACUAAUGGACAUAGGUGCCCCCCGGAGGAGUAUAUCACCCACCACCCAGCCGUAUUCGUGGAUGCAACAUCUACUAUUAACUUUUUGUCUGAUGUUCCUCUCACCUCACUUGACUUGCUAAGUCACGAUGCUAAGGAGACCCUGGAGCAAUUAAGCAACCCUGGUACAUGUUCUGACACGUUUGCUGAGUGUUUCCUGAAAAAUCGGUUCAAACUCUCCUCUCGCUUUGAUGCGGUGAUCAGAGUGGAUUUGUCGCAAGCUUCUCGGAACCAGUCUACUUCGGCUCUCGUCGAAUAUGGGUCUUCUGAUGCAGCCCUUCUGGCCUCUAUUUCAUCCACCCUGCGCCAAGGUCUUGGCAAUCGCACCCAAGCAAUAGCCAUCCUCCAACCCGUCACCCCUUGCCGUCCCAUAUCCUCCGCAGAAAGCCCCAGCACUUUCACAGUCCACAUUGGGCUUAUUUAUGAUCCUGCGCAUGCUUUCCGUCUUGUUGACCACGGACCUUCUGCAGAAGAUCAAGACUCAAACGUUGCGAAAGAAUUCCGGUAUCUAUGGGGCAGCCGUGCUGAGCUUCGUCGAUUCAAGGACGGUCGUAUCACGGAGAGUGUGGUUUGGGAAGUUACGACGUCUGAUGAACGUGCACAUAUACCAGUUUCCAUCGUCCAACAUUUACUGCAACUCCAUUUUGGCAUUUCCGCCAAAUAUGCCAGAACGUUGCAGACGCCAUUCGACAGCAUACUCCGAUUGCCGGAUGAUGUCCGUUGUUUACAUCGAGCUACGGGUGGGUAUAAGGCUGCAUUAACAGCAUUCGAUGGUGUCGUCAAGAACCUGAAAACACUGGACGAGCAGCUACCACUAGCACUACUGAACGUUAACCCCAUUUCUGAAUACCUACGGUAUACCUCAACAUUUGCACCACUACCGAUUCCUGUCUCGGCUUCAACAGAAUUACCGGAAUCUCUGCGUUUUCUCCCAACUAUCCCUAUCAUUCUCGAAUUCGAGAAGUCAUCUAAGUGGCCGGAUGACUUAAAAGCGAUUCAGAAAAUCAAGCUCGCUUUCUUUGAAAUCAUCGCCCAGUCACUUAUGACUUCAAACACCGGACUCAAGGCGUCAGUUGCUAUCGACGAUAGCUCAAAUCCAUUUCAAGGAUGCGCAGCGCUUGAAAUAUUUACUGCUGAAGGCUGGUCAUUCUCUGCGUUCAUUUGGCACGAUCGAGAGGCGACUUUGCUUGACCGAAUCAUUGACCCUAGCAAGAUGUUCGUUGGCCCCAGCAACCAACAAUACAACGCGCGGGAACAAUGCGAAGCCAAGGUCGCCAAGGAACUCUAUACCCGGCGAUUCAUCCAUGCUCCACGACACCAUCGUGCCAUCGCUAAUCUUUGCCACAAGUACAGCGCAUACUCUGGCACUGUUCGCCUUGUCAAGCGCUGGCUUGCUGCACAUUGGCUGUUGCAACCUCAUGUCUCAGAGGAGGCCGUCGAGAUCAUUUGUGCACUACCAUUCGUUGGUGGAAAACAGAAAUCGACAGAGAGCGCCGCUACUGUGCCUCAUAGUAAAGAACGUGGUUUCUCCCUCGUUUUAGAAUUCUUAACAGAUUGGAAGUGGGAGGAGCCACUUUGUCUUCCGUUGUAUAAGGAUGAUCCCCCAGCAGCGGCACCUGAAGUGUGGACGUCAAAUGGUCCAGAUGCAAUUGUUGUUCGUCGUCUUCGCGCAUUUGCUAAGGAGGCCAGCAAAGCACUCCAUAAUGCGGAGACGAAAAUAGAUAUCAAGAGUCUCUUCUUACAUUCCACUGACGACUACGAUAUCGUUAUCCAACUAAACCCUGCAGUUCUACCCAGGUACUACCAAAACAUCAAUGCGGAAUCGAGUGUUUGGACUAGAGAUUCUCAUCUGGGCAUGACGGAGUCGACGCCCCGCCCAGGAUUUGAUCCUCUUCCCCUGUUUCUCGCCGAUCUGCAGACCACAUUCGCUGAUACACUAAAAUUCUUUGCUGACCCCUUGGGAGGUGAUCGCAUUGGAGCAAUCUGGCUUCCGGGUCUGGAAUCGCCCCGUCCCUUCCGUGCACUAGCAGGUUUCUCGAGUAAGCCAUUGCCCAAGGGGGAUAAAGCGAAGGACAAGGAACUUGUCAUGUUAAAUCGACAGGCAGUUCUGGACGACAUAGGGCGAUUAGGAGCAGGUUUGGUUCAGAAAAUUAUCGUACAUGAACGCAUGUAGUCGUAUGCACACGUAAACUACAAGCAAUUCAGUGAAAGCGACAAUUCUACAAUCUCACGGGCUCGACAAGAACAAAACCCGGAGACCA